CCCUCCUCUCCCUCCCUUCCCUCACACUCCAUUCGCUACACACCAAGAGAGGAGCAACACAAUGGCAUCCGCAGCAGCAGGCGCAGCUCGUCGUGCCCCGACACGCGCCCCUUUCCUCGACCCCACCCAUCAACGCGGCCUCACCUCCCUUCUCUCCCGCACAUACGGUAAACCCGUACAUCUCAACCUUGUCCCGGUCAAAUUACCCCAUCACGACCCGGACAUCCUAGCCCAAUACAUGGUCCAAAAACUCCGCGACCGCAGAGCUCUCCCCCGCCGAAUCGUGCGCGACGCAGCCUGGAAAGCAGAACUCCCCACCGCCGAGCAACUAAUCCGCAAAGAGCGAGACCGGUACGCGCGCGAAGUAGAGCAGGCGCGCGACCCAUUAACACUCGCCAAACUGACGCACGGUGGCGUCGUGGAGUCCGUCACGGGGGUGUUGAAGGGUUUGACACUGAGCCAGGUCAGCUCGGUGGCGGCCAAGACGGCGGGCCGGUUGUCGCCGCGUAUCACUGCCAAUCGGGCGGAUGGCAAGGGGGCUAUUCGCGGGACGACGAAGAAGGCGCCGACGCAUAUGAUUCGCGGGACGGUGAAGGCGAAUACGGCGCAUGCGUUGCGCGCUGGCAAGCGGAGGAUUGGGGCUUAUGGUGUGCGAGUUACGCUGGGGUAUACUUGAGAUUGGUUUGAGAGUCGAGGAUCUUGAGAAUGUCGAGUGGAGAAUGAAUCAGGACUUGCUGUGCCCCUGGUCGAGCAUUGAGAAGGCCGGUGCG